AUGAGGAAGGACAACCUAACUUGGGUGAGGGAGUUUGUCCUAAUGGGCCUCUCCAGUGACAGGCAGACACAGGUUGGGCUUUUUCUCCUUUUUGGUGCUGCCUACCUGCUCAUCUUGCUGGGCAACGGGCUCAUCAUCCUCCUGAUUGGGCUGGAUAUACAACUUCACCUGCCCAUGUACUUCUUCCUCUGCAACCUCUCAGUCGUGGACAUUUGCUACACCUCCAGCGGGGUCCCCCAGAUGCUGGUGCACUUCCUGCUGGAGAAGAAGACCAUCUCCUUCACCCAGUGUGGAGUCCAGCUCUUUUUCUGUCUGGCCUAUGGGGGAACUGAGUUCCUACUGCUGGCUGCAAUGGCCUAUGACCGCUAUGUGGCCAUCUGUGACCCCCUACAUUAUGUAGCAGUGAUGAACCCAAGGCUCUGUGUGGCCCUGACAACCAUGUGUUGGCUUGUGGCCCUGGCAAACUCAACUGUGGAGACAGUAGUCACCAUGAGCCUGCCCACUUGUGGGAAAAAUGUGCUGAAUCAUGUGAGCUGCGAGAUUCUGGCACUGGUGAGAUUAGCCUGUGUGGACACCACCCUCAAUCAUGUGGUCAUAGUGGCCUCCAGCAUAGUGGUGCUGCUGGUGCCCUGCUGCCUGGUCUCACUCUCCUACUGCUACAUUGUGGCUGCCAUCUUGCAGAUCCGCUCCACCCAGGGACGCCGCAAAGCCUUUGGAACCUGUGCCUCCCACCUCACUGUGGUCUCCAUGUCUUAUGGGAUGGCCCUAGUCACCUAUUUGCAGCCCCACUCCACAGCCUCGGCAGAGCAGGACAAGGUGGUCAUGGUCUUUUAUGCGGUGGUGACACCCUUGCUGAAUCCUUUCAUUUACUGUCUGCGGAACAAGGAUAUGAAGGCUGCUCUGAGUCGAGUUCUAAACAGGAGCUCUGAAUUAAAGCAUUAG